AUGUAUGACUCCGGCGUGGCUCUUAAUGGACUUGCUUGUUUUAUCUCUCAAGAUCUCUCUCGGGAUUUGGCCAAUGACAUCAUGACUCUGAUGACCUCAACUAAACCAUAUUUGAGAAAGAAAGCAGUUCUCAUCAUGUACAAAGUAUUUCUUCAAUUUCCUGAGGCCCUCCGACCAGCUUUUCCUCGAUUAAAAGAAAAGCUAGAAGACCCUGAUCCAGGUGUUCAGUCUGCUGCUGUCAAUGUUAUCUGUGAACUAGCAAGGAAAAACCCAAAGAAUUAUCUUUCUUUAGCGCCUCUCUUCUUCAAACUGAUGACCAGUUCUACUAAUAACUGGGUGCUCAUCAAAAUAAUCAAAUUGUUUGGUGCCCUCACCCCUCUUGAGCCACGGCUGGGAAAGAAACUCAUUGAACCUCUUACAAAUCUGAUUCACAGUACAUCAGCAAUGUCGCUCCUUUAUGAGUGCAUUAAUACGGUGAUAGCAGUACUUAUUUCUAUAUCUACAGGCGUCCCUAACCAUUCAGCCUCCAUACAGCUGUGUGUUCAAAAGUUAAGGAUCCUGAUUGAGGAUUCUGAUCAAAACUUAAAAUAUCUGGGUUUAUUAGCGAUGUCCAAAAUCUUGGCUACUCAUCCUAAGAGUGUACAGGCCCACAAAGAUCUCAUUCUUCAAUGUCUAGAUGACAAGGAUGAGUCUAUAAGGCUUCGAGCUCUUGAUCUCUUGUAUGGAAUGGUUUCAAAGAAAAAUCUUAUGGAAAUUGUCAAGAAAUUGAUGAUUCACAUGGACAAAGCUGAAGGUUCCCAUUAUAGAGAUGAGCUGUUAUCCAAGAUUAUAGAGAUCUGUAGCCAGUCAAAUUAUCAAUAUGUCACCAAUUUUGAAUGGUAUGUCAGUAUAUUAGUUGAACUGACGCGAAUGGAAGGCACGCAGCAUGGUAAACUUAUUGCUAGUCAAAUGUUGGAUGUUGCAAUACGGGUACAAACAAUUAGGAAUUUUGCAGUACAACAAAUGGCUGUACUGUUGGAUAAUUCCCAUGUACUGGCAUCCAACUCUCAGAGAAAUGGAAUUUGUGAAGUGCUGUAUGCUGCUGCUUGGAUCUGCGGAGAGUUCUCAGAGUAUCUAAAAGAUCCCAAAACCACACUGGAAGCCAUGCUGCGACCUAAAAUCACUGCCUUGCCCGGCCAUAUUCAGAGUGUUUAUGUACAAAAUUUACUCAAACUUUAUGCCAACAUCCUGAAAAAAGCAGAAGAAGAUAAUGAUGAGGUGGUGAUGAAAGAAAUUGGUCAAUUGUUACUUGACAAAAUACCUAUGUUCAUACAUAGUGCAGACCUUGAAGUGCAAGAAAGAGCAUGUUGUGUCUUGCAACUGGUAAAAUAUAUAAUGAAAUUGCAAGACAAAGGAAACCAGUUAGCUGAUGAAUUAGCUUUACUAUUUGCUGGUGAGCUCAACCCUGUUGCAUUGAAAGCUCAGAAGAAAGUUCCUGUUCCAGAAAAACUGGAUUUGGAUCAAUGGAUUAAUGAAAUUCCUUCAGAAAGCUCUGAUGAAGAAGUACGGGGUUCUUCAUUCUUUACAAUGACCAAUGAAGAUAACAGGUCUUCAUAUCAUAAUGAUGUCAGAAAAGUUCCUGAACCAACUGAAGAGGAAUUAGAAAGACGGCGAGAACAAAGACGAAUGGAAAAUAUGCAUAACCCUCAUUAUUUGAAGGAUGAUGGUAAAAGCAAGAAUAAAAGAUAUGAGUCAAUGAAUAUUGAAGACAUUCCAGUAGCUGAUAUUGAUCUGUCUGUGCCUUUACAUGUCCCAGGUCUUUCCUCUUCAGACAAGUACUUGAAACUGGGUAGCAUGCUGGAUGACAGCGGACACCAGCCAUUUGGAGGGUCCAGCAGUGGCAAGAAAACAAAGAAAACAAAGCGAAAGAAGAAAGGUCGGAAAGGACAGCAGUAUUCUGACACUGAUGAGGAAGAUGAAAUUGAUGCAAGCUUACCUGCUGCAGUCAGCACUGUAAUGGACAUGCCAGAAGGUGCUCACAUAUCUGAUAAGGAUGAUGAUGACCAGGAUGUUGAUGAUCCACAUAGAAAGUUAAACAUUAACUUAGAUGAGCCAUUGCGAGAUGAUGAAAAAUUACCAGUUCGAACACACCAUGUAGUGUUGGAAUCUUAUAAAUUAGAUGAAAUUGGAACUGAUCCACUGGAAAUGGAGAGAUCUAAGAAGAAAACUAAAAAAGAAAAGGAUAAAAUUAAGAAGAAAAAGAAGGAGAAGAAGGAAAAGAAAAAAGAUAAAAAUUCUACUGCUGUUAGCUCAUUGCUUGGUGGUGGUGGUGGUGAAUUAAAUGGUGAAGCUAACACUGAUGAGAACAAUGGCAACAUGUCUGCUUUAAAACUCCAGUUACCCAAAGAAGACCCUCAAGCACAGCAUGAAGACUUAGAGUUCUGGUUAUCAGCAGGUGACACAGUUGUCCAAGCUCGCCCUCAAAAAAAUGUUCAGAUUAAAGUGGAUACAAAUAAUGCUGCUGGGGGCACUACUCUGGCUACAGUUUCUGAUGCUGAUACUGGUGUCCCUACACUUGUUAAUGACAAUGCACGUUUGGCUAGUGAGAAGCAAAAGAAGAAGAAAGAAAAGAAGCCAAAAGAAAGAAAAAAAGAAAAGAAAAAGAAAAAUGAAGAACAAAAAAACCGUAGUGAAUAUGAAGAAGCAGAAGGUGUUGCUACUCCAUCAAAAGAAUACCUACCUCCAUCACAAGAAACCCUAAUGGAAGUACAGCAUCCACCCAUGUCUACUUAUCAAUUAUUAGCUACAAAUGAUAACCUGAAAAUGGUUUAUGAAACAAGAGUUAGUCACCAACGUAGUGACCAAAUUGUGGUAUCUGUGAUAUUUACUAACUUGUCAUCAAACCACAUCAAAGAUAUUGAAUUCAAUGUUCUUGAUACUCUCAAUACACGUCUAAUACGAGGGUUUGGUUUAACUCAGCAUGAUCCAGUCAAAGUUCCAUUCAUCUUACUUCCAAACAGCCAAAAUGAAGGCCAGUUUGCAUUUAGUGUACAGAGUAUUACAAUGCCUCAGAAACUGAAAGGCACACUCACUUACAUAAUGAAAACUGCUGAUGGAUCUACACAUGAAAAACUUGACUUCAAAGUCUGCUUGCCUUGUUGUGCUUAUCUUGUUGGCACUCAGUGUAAAGGGCCUAACUUUGCCUCAUUACUCAGCAAUGGGGAAUUAUCUGCAAAAACUAGUACCAAAAUUGAGCCAGUUGAUACAGAAUUUUCACACAUAUUAGCUAAAUUGUGUUUUUACCUUCACUUUACAGUUGUUGAACAAGUUGAUCAUAGUGCAUCUCUGUAUAGUAGGUCCAUCCAAGAUCACCAUGUCUGCUUGCUUGUUAAAUUUCUACCUAAUAACCAGUUAAAUAUAGAUGCUAAGAGCACAGAGUCUGUGUUACUGUCCAACAUAAUUGAUGACAUCAAGAGGACUCUGAGUACAGAAGUGCAAUGA